AUGAAAUCAUCCAAAGUUGACCAAAUUUUAGUGACCUUACACAAAAUAACAUCAUUGAUGACUGUGGCACUGAACACAGGGGAUACUGAAGUAUCUACUGCAGCAGGCAUGAGCAGCUCCUGUGUGACACUGGCUGAGGUCCUGUGGGCAAAAGGAAGCCCUCUGGAGGAAGAAGAAAUAUGGGCACUCCUGUACCUGUCCACAAUUCAGCUUCUGGAGGAUCUUCACAAAGACCCUGCCAUCUGUGUGAUUUGCCCAUGGUCAGUACUACUGUCUGCUGAAGGAAAUUUGUUUUUCCAAAACAAUGCAUCUCAGUCAGAAGCUGCCCCUUUCAGUCCGCCAGAACUGCUCCACCGCCCAAGUAAAAACCAGCACUUUGGACUAAUAAAGAUGCUGGUGUAUUCCUUAGGAAUGACCCUCUAUUGGUCAGCAGAUUACCAGGUUCCUCCAAACCAGUCCCUCCAGCUGAGUGACCAACUACAUGCUCUCUUGCUGACACUGUGUGAAGAUCUGCCACACAGAAGACUUUCUCCUGAAUCCAUUCUGGAGGCAUGUGAAGCACAUCAGAAGGAAUCUGCUUCCUUACCAGCAAAGUUCUACAUAAGGAGAAUGGUUCAGUUUGCAGUGGGAAGUGCCAGCGAGACAGAGCAGGUGGUCACUGAAGACAGCACAGCCUCUCAUCUGAACAGAAGUCACGUGAUAAGGAAAAGACUGCAUGAAAAAAUAUCGGACACCUCAACACUGGCAUCCCAGAUGAAUUUUCACCAAGGAAAAGUUCCAGAGACACACAGAUCAUGUGACACUACACUUAGUGGGUCAAGGACAGAAAGUAGCUACAAGCUCUUCAUAAACAGGUCGGUGAGCGCUGUAGAAGAAAUCCCAGGUGGAGCUCAGAACAGCCGACAGAACCUGCUAAGCUUGGGCUCCACCUUCUCUGUGUCCACAAAGGACUACUCAGCACCUGCUGCAUCACAGAAAUGUUUGUUCCACAGGAAAGAAAAGUUUUCAGGUCCAGAAUUUAUUAUUUUGUCCAGUGAACCACCAGUGACCUUACAGCUGCCUGGAUCAAUUGUGACUAAAAAAGGGAAAUCCUAUUUGUCCCAAAGGGAUCUCAAUGUGAUUCUACUCAAUGGCCAGUGCCUUGAGGUGCAAUGUGACAUCAAGACCAAGGCAAGAGAUGUUUUCAAUACUGUGGUGGCCUAUGCAAACUUGGUGGAACAUUUCUACUUUGGCUUGGCUUACCUGAAAGGUAAAGAAUUCUUCUUUUUGGAUGAGGAGACCAAACUCUACAAAGUGGCCCCAGAUGGCUGGAAUGACCAACCCAAGAAGAAAAUGUCCAUCAUCAAUUUCACUCUCUUUCUAAGGAUAAAAUUCUUUGUCAACCACUUUAAUGUUAUUCAGCAUGGCUUGACAAGGCAUCAGUUUUACCUGCAGCUUCGUAAAGAUAUUUUGGAGGAGCGAUUAUAUUGCAGUGAUGAGACUGCCCUGAAACUCGGCGCUUUGGCUUUACAAGCAGAGCUUGGCAAUUAUGCUUCUGAGAUGCAUGGAAAGAGCUAUUUUCGUGUUGAAGACUAUGUUCCAGCCAGUCGAAUAGAGAAAAUGACCCUGGCAUAUGUACAGAGAGAGCUUGCUAAAUUACAUCGUAUGAAUCGCUCCCUAUUUGAGGAUGAAGCUGAACUAGAAUUUUUAAAGGUGACUCAGCAACUUCCUGAAUAUGGAGUGCUGUUCUAUCGUGUGUCCCAAGAGAAGAAAGGGACAGAAGGGGACAUCAUCCUGGGAAUCUGUGCCAAAGGCAUCAUCGUCUAUGAGAACAAAAAUCACACAAGAAUUGCCAGUUUAAGAUUCCAGUGGCGUGAAACAGAGAGGAUUUCAGCUCAUAGAAAAAAAUUCAUGAUUGAAAGCAGCUUCAGUGGUAAGAAACACACGUUCAUUACUGAUACAGCAAAGACAUGUAAAUACCUACUGGACCUCUGCUCUGCCCAGCACAAAUUCAAUGCACAGAUGAAUUCUAGGCAACUUCGUCAAACUUCAUCAGAGGACAGUAAAUUUGUGGAAAUAGAGAAAUCGAAUUCUGCAUAUGCAGCUCAGCAUGAACACCUUGCCCUUAUUCAGAGACUGUCUCGCUCAGAGAAUGUGCUCUAUGGAGCAAACCUGGAAAACCUUUCUGCUGGGAUGAUGAGCAAAUCUUGUGAUAACCUCAGCGUGGAAACCAACAACAGGACUAGACACAAAAGCAAUCUUGGCAGAUCUGUAUCAGGGCUAUCCCAGUCAGAAAUGCACAUCAAUUUGAAUGGAAAGCAAAGGACUUAUGACUUCCUCUCUAUCCAUUCAGCUCAGAACACCAUCAGCGCACCUGGAUCACCAGCCAUCCAAAAGGAAGUUUUGCUGAGUGGUCUAGAAAGAGAAAUCAUAUGUGUCAGCCUAAAACGUGACCCUAAGAAUGGAUUUGGUUUUGUAAUUAUUGGAGGAGAAAAUGUAGGAAAAUUAGACCUUGGUAUCUUCAUCGCUUCAAUUAUCCCUGGGGGACCUGCAGACAGAGCUGGAAAUAUCAAACCAGGAGGACGACUCAUCUCUGUGAAUAAUAUUAGUCUUGAGGGUGUUUCAUUUAAUACUGCAGUUAAAAUCAUACAGAACUCUCCCGAUGAAGUGGAGCUCAUCAUCUCUCAACCCAAAGACACGUAUGAAGAAGGAUUAAAUGAAGAAAAGAAUCUAUCAAGAGGAAACAGCACUAGUGGAUCUGAGAUCUCUUGUGUAGACAGUGGGAGAAAAAAGAUUCAGGAUUGUCAUACAGCUCUCCCCAGAGAACAGGACACAAAUAUAGAUGAACUUGAGAAGACUCUCUCUUGGAAUUUAGCAUCAAAAUUGGGCCCCAGGAUUCCAGUUCCUUCAGCUGAUAGCCUGGAUAUAGAGGCAGCUGAUUCUUCCCACUUACCAUCUCCAUCAGAAACCAACUCCAAGGAAGUCUACACGGUGGAGCUUGUUAAAGAAGAUGGGACUUUUGGAAUCAGCAUAACUGGUGGAAUUAAUACCAGUGUGCGUCAUGGUGGGAUAUAUGUGAAGUCAAUUAUUCCCAGGGGACCAGCAGAUAAGGAUGGACAAAUAAAGAUAGGUGAUCGUCUGCUGGAAGUAGAUGGCAUCAGCCUCUGUGGCAUCACCCACAAACAGGCUGUGGAGCACCUUAAGAAAUCUGGCCAGAUUGCCAGACUGGUUCUAGAAAGGGGAAACUACCAAUUGGCAGAGCCUUGUCUGACUGCUAAUGACAGAAAGGAGGACCAAUGUGCAGCUGUUUCUGUGGCAACAUCCCUCACAGAUGGCACCAAGGACUGCUGCUUUUUGACAGAUGAUAACACAUUUGAAGUGAAAUUAACCAAGAAUUCUGGAGGCCUUGGAUUUAGUGUUCUGCAGAUGGAAGGAGAUACCUGCGAACACCUUGGAGGAGAUAUUGUCAGGAUCAAAAGACUGUUUCCAGGGCAGCCAGCUGAAGAGAAUGGAGAAAUUGAAGUUGGAGAUGUCAUUUUAGCUGUGAAUGGGAAACCUCUCAAAGGGCUCCUGUAUCAGGAUGUCCUGCAUUUGUUAAGAGGAGCUCCUCGAGAAGUUACACUGCUACUUUGCAGACCACCAAAAGGUGUUCUUCCAGAAAUAGAGCAGAUUGCUCUGACUCCAGCACCAUCUCCAAUUAAGGACUUUGUGGCAGAAAUGCCAGGCAGCACAGGGGCAGGAAACAGUAUGGAUCAAUCUACCAGUGAUGGAGGUAGCACCUCUCCAGACCUCGAAGAUUGCCUUGAUUCUCCAGUGGGAGAAGAUUUCAGUGAGCCUCCUGAGGAUGACAGCUCAGCUUACGAAGAGCAGGAAGCUGAGUUUCAAGAGAAACCCAUGCAGAAACUCCCAUCUUCCAGAGAAAGUUUCUAUAAGCAUCUUUGGAAGAUUCAUCAAGAAGCUUCCAGUUCUGAAGUCUUCCACUCUCUAGAGGAGGAAGUGAAGCAGAACUGCUACUCACCAUGUGAGUUUGGACAGGCCAAAAGCCACGUAUUUAAUAAGAGUCAUGAUGACCUAUUGAACACAAAAUGUAUGCCUGAAACUCUCUCUCUAACCCCUAUUGAUGAAGAGUAUCUCACUGUCAGCUCAAUGUCUGUGACCUCACUUCCACGAGGAGGAGGAAGCUCCAUGACAGUCUCUGCAAGCACUGCAACCCCACAGCCAUGUGUUUGUGGCCCCUCAUCAUCAUCCCUGCCUGCCAGAGAGACACAUGACAGUGACAAUGAAUGGGAAGACUUGGAGGAACCAGAGGAAGAGAAGGAAGAAAAUGAAGACUGCAUUCAGGAAAUGGAGAUCUUUGUGACUUUGACGAAGUCAGAGAACAAUGGUUAUGGAUUCUCUGUAGUUCUUAACAAAAUGGACACCUGCCUGUAUGUUGAUGAAAUCUUGAAUGAUCCUGCCCUUUCUGAUGGAAGAUUGAGAAGGGGAGACAGAAUCAUUAUGGUGAAUGGAAUUGAUGUCACAUCUUUACCAUGCAAUGAAGUCCUGACUUUACUGCAAAGCUCUCCUCCAGAUCUGCACCUCGUGGUUGGUCGUGCUGACAGUGACCCACAUCCCUCAGUUAGGCCAGAUGAGAUUCCUGAAAUUACUCUCACAAAGGGUGCUGAUGGACAGCUAGGCUUGAAGCUGACAGGAGGAGCUGGAAGCAAGUUACAAGGUAUUUAUGUGCUAGAGAUAGUGCCUGGCUCUCCUGCCAGUGUGGAAGGCAGUUUGCAGCCACGAGAUCAGAUUGUUUACAUCUGUGGACUGUGCACUGAGGGCAUUAGCCUGGAUGAUGCAGUGAGAGUGUGUGAAGCUGCCACCCAGAAUGUUCGAAUCAAAGCCACAAGAAAUGGCAAUCCAGUGGUUCCUAUAGAGCAGGAAAAUAAGAAAGAUUUGGAGGAAACAAACUGUGAUGCUCAGCAGAACACUCCUGAUUCUCCAGAAUGUAAAGACUUCAUUAUUAAGAUUGAGCUGGAAAAAGCUGAAAAUGGAAGCCUAGGAUUUGCACUGGUAGGUGGAAAAAAUGGCAGGGCUAUCCUAAUAAAAGCCAUCAGCCCGGACAGCAGUGCAGAUCUAGACGGGAGGCUUCAAGUUGGUGACAUCUUACUGAAGGUGAAUGAGACUUUUGUGUCUGGUCUGCCACGCCAAACAGUUACAGACCUGCUGCGCAAGGCGCAAGGCACUGUUCAACUCACUGUCUGCCGAAGCGUGGCCUUGCACUGGGCUUAUUCAGGCAGCCAGAGCAACAGAGCUUCCCCUCCAAACACAAAAGCAGAGCCUGCAAGUGGUGGGGAAAGCCUGCAAGCUCAGCCAGUUUUCAGUUUCAACGAAGAAGGCUCCAACCAAAUGUGCAACAAGAUCAGAGAGCCUAUAACAAAGUUUUCAAAGUCAGUCAAGCAUGCUGAGAAAUAG